AAGCCAAGUCCAUUUCAAGACCUAAGUUCUUGCCAUGGCGGAAAGGGAAGAGCCGCGCCGGUGAGGCGCAAGUGCGGCGCAAUGGCCAAUGAGGUAAAUUCGCCCGAUUCGCCGGGGCACUUGUGGUCCUUGCCGGUGCUGUUGCAGGCAGCUGCACGGGGCAAGCCUUCUGGCUGUGAGGAUGAGCUCAAUACUGACAACGAGCAAGAGUUGUUACAGAAAGGAAGGCGUGCAGCUAAGGCGAAGGAGCUUAACACAGACAAUGAGGCCGAGCUGCUUCGCAGAGUGCAGACUGUGCCAAAAGAGGAAGCCUGCUACAAGGAAGUCGUUCAGAAGAAUCCUUCUGAGUCACUUGGGCAAUUGGUGCACUUUGCCGAGGGCCUUUGCAGGCAUCCGCCUGUUAUCGGACGAAGCCAUGAGAGACUGGGAAGUGUUCUCAGUCCUCCUGUCUUGGAGCCCACCACCAUUGAAGCCGCAGAGGCUAGUGCAGAAGAAAGUGCAAGUGUGAGUGGAGAAAGUGCCAAGGGCCAGAGCAUCGGAGACCCAGAAGUGGGUUGUGCAAAUCAUGAACCAGAUCAAUGCAAAGGCAAUGAUAUGGAGGGUGCAGAGGCCAGCAAUGCAAGCGGCAAUGCUGCAAGCCCCAUCAAUGAGGCAAGAGGGAAGUUCAUCUCGCAAAUGGCACGGGGAGACCUUUCAAAAGAGGUUCCACCAUUUCCGGCACUGAGCCCUGACCAAGCCAAGUUCACCAAUGAAGCUGGCGUGGAAGGCUAUAGCGAGACAGUGUCUGAAAUUUCCGGAAAUCAUUCUCUUGACCUUUGCUUCUUGCGCCGAGCUGAUUGCCGCUUCACUCAGGCAGGAGCUGCUUGGUUUUGUGGCAUGCGAGCAGGCUACAUAGACUUUGAGUGCUAUACUGCGGAAGUUUGUGGGAGGGAACGCAGCUUUUUACAACAGAUAUUCGAAGCUGUGGAUGACAGCAUCGAUGCGGUGUGGAAUGCACGGGGUGCCCGCGAACGAGAGCGUGCCUCUGAUGACUUUCCACUGUUGCUGGCAAACCUCAGCACUCACCUUCGAAUCUACCACUUCCAGCUGAAAGAGAAAGGAUGUAUUGACACUUUAGAUGGACGUGCUGUGAUUUUAGAACUGUUGAGCCGCCUGGUGGAGGUCCUAGACACCCUGGCCCCACUUGAGGGGGGUCAUGCAGCCACCGCCGUCCCUUGCCUGCGUGAGCUGGCCUGUGACGCGCUCAACGAGGCUCUUGGAUCUCGUGGCUUUUUGCCGCUGUGCAUUUCCUACAUCACAGAGAGCACAAUGGAUAUCUUCGGAAGAGAUCUUGCACUGGAGCUCUCAAUGCAUGCCUUGAUGGCCAUACAGCUUUCUUUGCUUUGGUUCCCCCCGACUCGCAUCACUCUUCCUGAAGAGACAUUCAUUGACAUGGAGGGCUACGAGUGCGUGCUGAGCGUGGCAGCUGACCUCAUCACUCAGUUUGAGGAAGAGCCUUGGGACUUCCUUGGCUUGGAACGCUUGGCCUUGGCGAUGGACAUUCUUCGCAUAGGGAUGAGGUCUAAUGCAGGCAUCGACCAUGUUUGUGCACAAUCGGAUGCUUCGGAGGCGCCAACAGUAGCGCCGCUGGCCUUGAGGGCUUUGCAGACACUUGCCUUUACGGCCUUGGAGGAUCGGGAGAGCAAAGCUGCUCUAGCCGCUCUCCCGGCUGCUGUGCGGAUCAUGGGCGCCUUGAUACAUGUCACGCCCAUCGCCAGGGCAAUGAACCUAGGGUUUGUUGUCCAAGCGCUGAGGCAAGCCCUUCAAUGUCGGCCUUUAUCGCUCCCACUUGCUGUCGCCUUUCGCGACUUGGUGCUCCGUGAACGGCCGAGACAUUGGUUCAGCCAAGGGCAGGAGGCCGCACGUGUCCGUGGAGACUUCUACCGCUAUUUGCACAGCGAAAAUGUCUUGAACGAAUUGGCAAUUGCUGCCACUGAUCGGGUUGAAGAGCUGAUGGAUUCACUGCAGAAGAAGCGCCAGGGCGGAACUGGGCCCAACUAUGUGCCAUGCAGAAAUGUGGUGCCGUGUGGCACGAGAGAGAUGGCCGUGGAGUCCCUGGAAGAGGCUGUGAUCAUCGGAGCGUACUACGAUUGUGUUGAGGCUGCAGUCCUUGCAGUCUACGGAAAGACUUCCAGAGUAGAUGCUCAGAAGAGAGCAAGUGUGGAAGUGUGAUGAGAUUAUCCGCCAAAUCAUAAGAACGGACUUUCUAUCCUAGCAUGCUGGAGGCCAAGAAUAAACCAGACGUGAAGGUCGACAACUAUGUCAUGUUACCAUUAGGCUUUGGAUACCUUGAGCAGAGGCCUUUGAUCGUGCCUGCUCCUUUUUUCGCUAUCCGCGAGAGAGAGGAUCACCGGCGUUUACUAGUAGCUAUAUGAAGCUAUGAAGUUAUAUAAGUUUCCCUAAAAAUCUAGGAGCCAAAUGACUAGUGGGAGCGUGAUUUACCCUGCGUCCAUGCCCAGUCUGGAUGUAGCUAGCUAGUAGCGAACUAGUCGCCUUACUUACUGUAAUUAAGUCAAGUAGGCGCCUACUUGAUUAAGUAGGGAGGGGGGAGCGGGCUACAAGUAAAGGAACUUUCUUUGUCCGAGGAAGAAAUGGUUGAGCUGCAAGAGCUGCGAUCAUCGUUGCGAUCAGCUGGACCCAUUUCGCCUCUGGAGAGCAUGCGCCGCCAUUUCCAGCGUUGCUUUGCCCUCCCGACUUGUGGGGCGCCGACACGCGAGCCGCGGCUGCGGCGUUGAAAGCAGGCCAAGCCUGGAGUCAACAUGUGCAUGACUGAGACUGGCAUUUUUAAAAAUUAAGGCUUGAAGGGAAGGCCCCAACGCUGAAAAACUUGCAGAGC